AUGCGCUCGCGCAAUGCAUCACCCCACAUCGGCCCAUGGCGAAAUCCCGCCCGCAGAGUGCGCCACGGCACCACCCGCAACUACUUUGACUCUGGCUGUUCGGUAUGGAUGUCAAGUCCAUCGCGAUUAUCGGCGCCGGUUCCGCCGGCCUCGCCGCUGCAAAAGAACAAGUUCUCCCAUAUUGCCAUUUACGAGCAGCGCGCUGCCACGGGCGGCGUCUGGAAUACGAGCCAUGUCAGCCAGGAGCCAGGGUUUUCUAUCCCGCGCACGACACCGACCUCGGAGCACGAGUACGUCGUCGUGGAAGACGGCCACGACGCGGGCGCCCGCGUGGAGCUCGUCUCGCCCGUCUACGACAACCUGGAGACCAAUAUCCCGCACGGCCUCAUGAGCUACACGGACCUCGAGUUCCCGGCCGGCACCCCGCUGUUCCCGGAGCACGGCACGGUCCUGGCGUACAUCCAGCAGUACGGCAGGGACGUGGAGCAUCUCGUCACCUUUGAGACGCAGGUUCGGGACGUGCGUAAGACGACCGCCGAGGAUGGGAGGCUGGGAUGGACAGUCGAGACGAAAGAUUUGAAAUCCGGUGUCGUGUCUGCCAAGAGCUACGAUGCCGUGGUCGCGGCCAGCGGCCACUACAGCGACCCGUUUGUGCCAGAUAUUCCUGGCAUCGCCGAAUUUGAGGCCGUGCAGCCCGGCGCCAUUCUCCAUUCCAAAUUUUACCGCCGGCCGGAGCAAUUCACCGGCAAAAAGGUCGUCGUCGUCGGCAACGCCGCGUCCGGUAUUGACAUCAGCCACCAAAUCGCCACCUCUGCCCAGCUCCCCGUCCUCAUCUCCGAAAAGGAUGUCCCCGGUGCCCCCCCAGCUGCGUCUAACAACUGGUCGCGCCACGUCGGCCAGAUCGUGGAGCUACUCCCCGUGACGCGCUCUGUGCGCUUCUCCUCCGGCCGCAUCGAGGACGGCGUGGACGCCGUCAUCUUCUGCACUGGCUAUCACUACUCGUUCCCCUUUCUUGGCUCGCUCGCGCCGGGCAUCACCGCGCCGAACGGCACCUACGCGGACCACCUGUGGGAGCACAUGCUGUACGCGCCGGACCCGACGCUCGCCCUGCUCGUCAUCCCCAAGCGCAUCGUGCCGUUCCCGUUUGCCGAGGCACAGAUGGCUGUCAUCGCUCGCAUAUGGGCUGGCCGACUGAACGUGCCGAACCAGUCAGAGAGGGACGCUUGGGUGCGGCGGUGCGGCGCCGAGAGUGCGCCCGGCGCCCGGCACACGUUUGGCUACCCGCAGGACGUCGACUACAUUAACCGCUUGCACGCGCUGAGCGGACAGGCACGGCCCGAUGCAGAGAGAGGACUCGAGAAUGACGGCGCUGGCAAGCGGUCGCCAUACUGGGGUGAGGAGCUGAGCUGGGUGCGCUCGCAAAUCUUUGCCAUCAAGGUCGCUAGUCGCGCGUUGGGAGAGCGCCGCAAGGAGUGCAAAACACUUGCCGACCUUGGGUUCGAUUUCCAGGCUGCAAAGUAA